AUGCAUCAGACUUUAGUUAGACCGGCUCCGUUCAGUUUUCUUUUACCUCCCACGCCACAGACUCCCUUUGGUACCGACCGCCGGAAAGACGUUGGAUACCUCCCCACACUCCCACAAAUUAAUCAGUCGGGAUAUUUAGAAGCCCCCGUCAGAGUUGGGCUUCGAACACCACCUGAAGACGACAUGCACGCAACAUAUCCAGCGCCCAGAUACCAAAACUACAAAAGUCGGCAGGAGGAAACCUAUCCAGGAAUGACCAAUGUUAGUAAGACAAGUGAUCAUGAUGGCCCACCCACACAACAAUCACCCAGACUUCCAGCACGUAAAUUAAGCGAAACUACAGAGCCCCCUCAGUCAAGGGUUCCUUAUAGUUGGAUACCAGUAGAAGGUCAUGAUACAACCAACUCGUUUCAACCUGUUGUCCCGACUUCUCUAGAGUCUGAAUCUACUCGGAAGCCACAAGCAAAAAGACCAUCAAAUACAGACACUAUUCAUCCCAGACUACAGAUACCAAAAUCAAUAAAUCACAGCGGUGGAAGUUUGGCUGAAUUUGCUGCCCAGAUUACUUGUUUAUUUUGGUUUGAAUCUACCAGUACCUUGAAGAGGGCGGAAGUUGCGUGGUCGGGAUCAACGACAAUAGAAAGACUUCGACCAGAAGCCUUCCCAUCUGUCGGAUUUACAAAAUGGGUUGUUACAAUUCUCAUGACUACGCAGGUCUCGCAAAAUGUGAUAUUAUUGGCACUACUUUUCAUUUACCGGUUAAAGUCCAUCAACCCAGCAGUGAAAGGACGAAGCGGAAGUGAAUACAGGCUCUUGACUGUGGCGUUGAUGCUGGGUAACAAAUUCCUCGAUGACAACACGUACACAAACAAGACGUGGGCCGAGGUUUCGGGAAUUUCUGUUAAUGAAAUCCAUAUAAUGGAAGUCGAGUUUUUGAGCAAUAUGCGGUACAGUCUACUCGCGUCCGAGGAUGAGUGGAAAGAAUGGCAACAGAAGCUUGGAAAAUUUGGAUGCUUUUGUGAUCGUGCAACAAAAUUGUCACCCCCACUCCUAUACCAGCCGACCCUCCCCUCGCCUCCUGAAUCGAUGGAAGCCUCACCUCCCACUCAAAUGAGUUCAUACGCAUCUGCAGAUGCACCGUAUGUUUUCAUUCCACGGUGGUCUGCUAGUAACAAUGCCGAUCAAUUGAUGUCGCCACUCACUACUCUUUCGCCUGCCUCAGACCACGACUACCGCCCGUAUGCAAGAAAGAGAAGCUUCUCGGAAGAUGUUGAAGAACCGGUGGCAAAGCGUGUGUCUAGGUCAACUACCUCGGCACCCAGUGAUCCUGGGAAUUUUAACAUGGCUGCUAGACCUCGUUUACCACCGGUACACGACUUGACGAUUUCGACAAGCCAAGCCGCAAUGAAUGGGUACAAUGGUCUCACGAGCUUUUCCCAAAAUGCGCCACUUUUGCCUCCUUUGAACGCUGGUCGAGCCAUGUCCACAGUCUACCCAACUACUCCAAUUUACCCACCACUUAUUUCAACUGGAUCACAAUCUGGUGGACCACAAGUCCCUCAUUAUCAACACAGCAACCAAAGCUUUGGCACCCCGUCUCGCCAACGUAGUCCUUAUCCAGCUGUCCAGGAAUUACUUGCAGCAGUCCCUUCCCCGCUCAAUGCUUCUUUCCCAGGCAGCUCGGGCCAUAUUUCGCCGUCUGUUUUCUACCAACAGCGGAACUCGCCAUAUGAACCUAUUCGCGGCGUGAACACCCUCCUCUAUCCACCGCCAUCUGCCUCGAUGCACGAUUAUGCCGUCAACACAAAUCAAAUACAUUAUCAACCAUUGGGCAAGAGACAUGAUUAUCGAUCCGGUGUUGUACCUGGAUACGGAUUUCCACCAUUGACUCCAUGGCCUGUACUACCUCAACCCAAUUUUCACAGGGUAUAG